AUGACCUUGGUGGUGCAGUGCCGCAUUCCCGAUGGCUGGAAGGACUCCCAGGAUGCUCGCGAGGCAGCUCUGCGCAGCGUGCGCCCAGAAGCCAUGGCCUUGGGUGAGAUGCUCCUGUAUCGCGAGGCUUCGAAACGGGCUUUGAAGGCCCUGGGCGCCAAGCCGCUGUGGAUCGGAGCGCGCGCCUCCUUCGAGAAGUUUUCCGGGACGGACCCCCUCCUGUUCGUAGGGAUCAACAAGCUCGUGUUCUUUGCCAUUGCCGGCCUCUGCGUCAACAAAAACUUAGCAGCUGUGGUCAUUUCCUUCCUGCUCCUCACCAUCGGCGUCUCUCGUGGCGACCCACAUGGUACACGCUCCCGCAAUGCUCUGGGCUUCGUGUGUUGUCUCUUCUUGACUGUCUACUCCUGCCUCCUCCUCCUCUUCGAAGACUUUGCCUUGAGUUCGAUCUCACAGGCCGCCGUGGUGGCAGGGCCGACUUGCUACUACUUGCACCUCCAGCUCAUGCCGGCAGAUUUGACAAUAGAAGCGUACAGCCUCCUUGCACGCCUGCAGGGCCUCGACCCGGCGAAGGAGGCCACGCCGGAGUCGCCAACCAUUCCGACAGUGGAGGAGAGGACCGUCUCGAUGGUUCCCCGGGCCAAAUGGAGCUGGGAAGAGCACCGCUUUCUGAGGUCGCUCUUCCGCGGCUAUCGGCAGAGGGUCGUGCCCCAGCUGGCGAUCUCUGGUCAACGGCUGAUGGCGAUCGAGACACAGUCGUUGCAUGGGGUUGGGAGAAUGGUGAGGCUGCUUGCUGGCCGUGGCACCGUGACGCAGCACCCGCCUGCGGUCGAACUGCGAACACGCGCACCCGGUUAA